AUGUUAUCUCUUUCGAACAUACUCUCGCAUCCGGUCGUGAAAGUCAAACCGGUCCCGUAUCUGCCCGGUGGACACCCGAUUCUGGGACAUACGCUGCUCAUGGCUCGCAACCUCGAUCGGUUCCAGGACUGGCUGGUCGAGGCCAGUGUCGCUCGCAACGGAGCGCCGUUCGUACUGCGCCAACCGGGCAAGAACGACUGGUUGUUCUCGGCUCGACCCGAGGAUUUUGAGCAAAUUCUCAAAGUGCACUUUGAUACAUUUAUCAAAGGGCCUCAAGUGCGAGAGCUGCUCGAUGACUUUAUGGGGGAGAACAUUGUCAUUAUCAAUGGACAUCGCUGGAAAUUCCAACGCAAAGCACUCGUCAACUUGUUCACGGCCAGAGCGUUGCGUGACCACAUGACUCCGAUCGUGCGAAAGUGCGCGUCGGCGUUGCAACGCGUGUUUGCCAAGGCUGCAAAGGAAGACGGCGUCCUUGAUGUACAUCAUAUCAUGGGGCGAUUCACCCUGGAAACCUUUGCAGAGAUUGAGUUUGGCGCUCAGUUGGGACUGCUGGAAUCCGGAGAAGACCACGCGUUCGAGACGGCGAUCGACGAUGCCAACCACAUUUCGCUUGAGAGAUUUGCUGUACCCAUGUGGGUCUGGAAACUCAAACGUUGGCUCAACGUUGGCUCGGAACGUCGUCUACGCGAAGAUAUGGACGUGAUAUCAACUUUUGUCAUGAGUUGCAUCUCCGGAGCGAUUGAGCGUCGUAAAAAGCGACUGGAAGCUGCAGCGCGUGGGGAGCCCUUGGGGCCUGUUGCGAAAGACAUUGUGUCCAUUUUGCUGGACAGUGAAGACACGAUAGGUGAGCCAGUGUUGCCUCAAGAUGUUUUUAACAUCUCCCUUGCCGGAGUUUUGGCUGGGAAAGACACAACGGGGGAUGCAACAAGUUGGCUGAUGCAUUUGUUGCAUGAGAAUCCGCGAGUUGAGAACAAAUUGAGGACAGAACUGUUGGCACAGAUCCCCAAGUUGGCGAUAGAUGAGAGCUACGUGCCGUCGAUGGAAGAACUGGACGCUGUGACCUACUUGGAGGCCGUGAUUCGUGAGAGUCUGCGUCUUAAACCGCCGGCACCGUGUGUCACGCAACACUGCACGCAAGACACGGUCUUCCCUGAUGGCACUUUUGUCGCUAAGGGCACAGACACGACGCUAUUGUAUCAUGCUUCGGCAUUGCUGCCGAGUGUGUGGGGUCCAGACGCUGUUGAAUUCAACCCGGAGCGAUUCUUGGAUGAGAACGAGAAGCUCAUCGUGUUACCACCGCUCAAGUUCAUCGCUUUUAGUGCCGGACCGCGCAAAUGCGUGGGACGGAAGCUCGCAAUGAUCGAGAUGAAGGUCGUGACGGCGUGUCUAGUGAGCCGCUUCCACUUGGUGCAGGUGCCAGGGCAGGACAUUCGAGGCACCAUGGGCAUCAGUCUCGGCAUGAAGUACGGAAUGAAGGUCACUGUCGAGCCUACACCUGGUGUUGCUGCUGCUUGAAACGAAGAGUGAAAAAUCUGUCAGUGUGUAUGUUAUACAUUCAUUCCUAAUCGUCAACUUCGACAAACACUCGCAUGGCAAUUCAAAUAUUCAUACUUCGGAGUAAUUUUACAUGUAAUACAAUGUACCCGUUAAUCCGCACCAUGUCAAUCGAGCUCAGCACCUCGAAGCCCCCUCGCUGUUACUUGUGUCUGGAUGUACGUAUUCUCAGCCUUGACGUUGAGCUGGAACAAUGUCUGCAUCACCUCAAACUCGGAGCGUGGCGGGACUUUUCUACUAGCAGGAAUGAAGUCGUCUGUGUCAAGGCGAUGUGCUCCGUGCCAAAGCGUCAACGUGCUUUUAUCCGAGUCAGUUGACAUGACAGGA